GUUGACGAGUCAUUAUAUUUAACCACCCAUGAGACAGCAUUGGCUGUAGUAGCGACGGCGAUGAAGAAAGCUCGUCUACGAGUAGAUACUUUAUUUGUCAACUCAUUCAUAGGGGGUAUACUAUUCACUUCAGGUGGUAUGUUAUUCGUUAUGAUUCAUUCAUACUGUCCACAACUAGUACAGGAUAAUCCAGGUAUAGUAUCAUUGCUUCAAGGUGCAAUGUAUCCUAUUGGGUUAUUUUAUGUUGUUAUAAUGGGGGUAGAUUUAUUCAAUUCCAAUGUCUUAUUUUUCAGUACGGCUAUAUGUCGUAAUGCAGUUUCAAUAGUUGAUUUAUUAAUCAGUUGGUUUAUAAGUUAUUGGGGAAACUUAGUGGGGACUAUCUUUGUUUGCUAUGUGAUAUGUAAUUAUUCAGGAGUUAGUCAAGAAGAAGCAUUUAUAACUGGAUCAAGGGAAAUUACAUUACAGAAAUGUAGUUUUUCAUUUGUGGAAAAUUUAAUAAAAGGUAUUGCUGGUAAUUUCUUCGUUUGUUUAGGUAUCUAUUUACAAUUAAUGGCGAAGCCAUUACAUGUCAAGCUCAUACUUAUGGGAUUACCAAUAUUUACUUUCGUUAGUAUGGGAUUUACUCAUUCCGUGGCAGAUAUGUAUAUGUUAAUCAUUGGUUUAAUUAAUCAUGCUCCAGUUUCAGUAGGUGAAGUUGCCUGGAAAGUAAUGUUACCAGGUGCCCUUGGGAAUAUCAUUGGAGGUUCUUUCUUUGGUAUUGUUAUAACAUGGUACUUACAUCUUGUGGUUGUUGAAAGAGAUCAAAGAGAAUUGAACUUACCAAGAUAUGAAGUAAGAGAUGAACAACCAGAAUUAAACAUGGAUUCAAGAGUUGUAAGACAAGUUGUUCCUGAAGUUGAAGAAACUACUGAAUUAUUUGAUGAAAAGAAUUCAAUGGAUGAAAAUGAACAAUUUUCAAGCUCCCACUCACCUAAUAGCUCCCAAUUUAGAGCAAGACCUUUAUAUGAUGAUGAUAUGGUAAGAACCCUGAAUGAAUUAAAUAGAGUUAGUUCAAGAUUAUCUACUGUAUCAAGAAUGAGUAUGAAGACUUUAAAUCCAAAGACAAAGUCCCCCAAGAAUGUUUUCCCUGUCUAUGGUAUGGGAGCUCCAUCCAGAAGAGAAAGUCAAAUUGCAUCAGGUAGAUCAGAUGAAGAAGAAGAUGAUAUUGAUAAUGAAGUUGGCUCAAUAGCCAUGGAGUUGGAAGAUGAAGAUGAAGGUCGUGGUCCAUCUGCAGCUUAUAUAGGCGAACAAUUAAAGAAAGUGCUAUCAAGAAAGAAAACAUCACCAAAGAGUAAGAAUAGCAAUGAUUUAGAAAAUCAA